CGGCCCGGCUCGGCUCGGGGGUGCCGCGUGCACGCGGUGCCGGGGGGACGAUGGAGAGCGGCGACCGGGACAUGUACCGGCAGUUCCAGGACUGGUGCCUCCGGACUUACGGGGACUCGGGCAAAACCAAGACGGUGACCCGUAAAAAAUACGAGCGGAUCGUCCAGCUGCUGAACGGCUCCGAGUCGAGCUCCACGGAUAACGCCAAAUUCAAAUUCUGGGUCAAAUCUAAAGGCUUCCAGCUCGGCGACUCGGACGAGGUCAGUGGUGGUGCUGGAGGAGGGAAGCAAGUGCUGUACGUGCCAGUCAAAACCACGGAUGGAGUAGGUGUAGAUGAGAAGCUGUCUUUACGGCGGGUAGCCGUAGUAGAAGAUUUCUUUGACAUUAUCUAUUCCAUGCAUGUUGAAACUGGGCCUAAUGGAGAACAAAUCAGAAAACAUGCUGGACAGAAGAGAACAUAUAAAGCAAUUUCAGAGACCUAUGCCUUCCUACCGAGAGAAGCGGUGACACGAUUUCUAAUGAGUUGCUCAGAGUGCCAGAAAAGAAUGCAUUUAAACCCAGAUGGAGCAGAUCAUAAAGAUAAUGGGAAACCACCAACACUGGUGACCAGUAUGAUUGAUUACAAUAUGCCAAUUACUAUGGCCUAUAUGAAACACAUGAAGCUACAGCUACUAAAUUCACAGCAAGAUGAGGAUGAAAGCUCUAUAGAAAGUGAUGAGUUUGAUAUGAGUGACUCUACGAGGAUGUCAGCUGUGAACUCUGACCUCAGCUCAAAUCUUGAAGAAAGAAUGCAAAGUCCUCAGAAUCUCCAGGGCCAGCAGGAUGAUGAUUCAGCUGCAGAGAGUUUUAAUGGCAAUGAGACCGUGGGACACAGUUCCAAUGCUUCAGGGGGAACACACUGCAGGGAGAUGGCAGAAACCAACAGUAAUGGCAAAACAAAUCUGGAGCAGGAUGAGCAGCCUCUGAACCUGAGUGACAGUCCCCUCUCUGCUCAGCUGACUUCAGAAUACAGACUAGAUGAUCACAGCAGUAAUGGAAAGAACAAAUACAAGACUCUCCUAAUUUCUGAUCUCAAGAUGGAACGGGAGGCAAGAGAAAAUGGAAGCAAGUCUCCUGCACAUAGCUAUUCAAGCUAUGACUCUGGCAAAAAUGAAAGCGUAGACAGAGGUGCUGAAGAUCUGUCUCUGAAUCGAGGGGAUGAGGAUGAGGAUGACCAUGAUGAGCAGGAAGAUCCUGAGAAGGUUAAUGAGUCAGAUGGGGUAGAAGCUGAGCGACUGAAAGCUUUUAAUAUGUUUGUCAGGCUGUUUGUAGAUGAAAACUUGGACCGAAUGGUCCCAAUCUCUAAGCAGCCCAAAGAAAAGAUCCAGGCUAUCAUUGACUCAUGCAGGCGACAAUUCCCUGAGUAUCAAGAGCGUGCCAGAAAGCGCAUACGUACUUACCUCAAGUCCUGCAGGCGGAUGAAAAGAAGUGGUUUUGAGAUGUCACGACCUAUUCCCUCACACCUUACUUCAGCAGUUGCAGAGAGUAUCCUGGCUUCCGCCUGUGAGAGUGAAAGCAGAAAUGCUGCAAAAAGGAUGCGGUUGGAUAGACAGCAGGAUGAGGCUACACCAGCUGACAAACAGUAUAAACAGGAGCCAGCCCAGGUCACUUACUCAACAUCAGCUGUUUCCAGCACACAGGAGGUGUUGUACAUCAAUGGAAAUGGGACCUACAGUUACCAUAGUUACAGAGGGCUCGGAGGUGGGCUGCUAAAUCUCAACGAUGCUUCUAGCAGUGAUCUGCAGCCAACUUCCACUACAGCCACAACUCAGCAUUGCAUCCCAGGCUCCACGAACGUCCAGUCUCCUUCCAACUCAGGUCCAACAGAUCUCAGUAUGAAGAGGCAGUUAGCAAGCAGCUCAGGCUCUUCCAGCAGUACAAGCUCCAGGCCCCAGCUGAGCCCCACUGAAAUCAACGCUGUAAGGCAGCUGGUGGCAGGGUACCGGGAAUCGGCUGCCUUUUUAUUGCGUUCUGCAGAUGAACUGGAAAACCUGAUUUUGCAGCAGAACUGAGUCACGUGACCUACACACCGGCCUGGUCUUAUCUCAGAGUUUCCACUAAUGACAUUUUGAUUUCCCAGAGCACACACUUCAGUUACCGCGCAGUCUUUUAGGAGAGUUAAUUACCAUAAUGCCACACUGUUCUUGAUCCAUAAAGUGAUGUGUUAAGGGUGCUUCAAGUGAACUUCGACCUCUGGUAUUUCUGAGGUACUUUACUGUGUCCAGCCUAUUGCUUUUGUCUUAGUGUGUCAGCAUAAAUAUCGAAACAGUGGCUAGAAAUUAACUCCUUCUAACACGUGGAGGAAACAGAAGAUGCUGUGGUGUUUUUUUGAAAAAUGGUUCAAGAUCCAAGUGCAAUAUUAGUGGAAUGUGAUACUGACUCAUUGGACUUAAAGCUGCAGUAUAUGGCAAACUGUUGCCAAAUGUCCUGUUGCUACAGGGCACAAUUGCAAUUAAAAGGAUCUUGUAUUUUAAAAAAAUGUAAUUUUUAUAAAAAGCAAAACAAGAGAUUUUUUUGUUUUCAUUCAAGAUUUUUCAUUUUUACUUUGGUAAACUUUUUCACUGGUCCUGAAAAUGUUUUGAGGAGCUAUUGUAAGUCCCCCUUCCUCUCUUGACCCCCUGACUGUGCCCUUCUCCCCAACUUCAUAUUCUUUCUACAGUGAGUAACUCUUGAUGCUGGAUAAUUCUCCCCUGUGUACUGUAAAUUGUCAUCUACAGGAUACCUUCCAAAGGAAGCAUGCAUUUCCUGCGUUCAUACCAUUCUCAGCUCCAUUCUGUAAUAUAUUGCAGCUUUACUAGCAAUUAAUAAAAAGUUGAGGGUUUUUUUAAAAGAAAAACAACAUAUCACUGAGAAAACAAAACGAGAAGUUGAUUUCUUACAGUGAGCUCAUCUAACUCCAUGAUCACCGCUGCUGUCCUAGACAAGUCCCUCGAGUUGUGAUUGGAUAUAGGUGAUGAAUGUUAAGAGGUUGCAAGUGACAAUCUGAAAAUUUGCACUCUUGUGUGUAUUUAUUAUUUUUU